AUGGGAUCACAAAUCAACGGCACGACGGCGUCGCCGGAAUUCGCUCCCAUUCCAAGCCCCGCCGCAAAGAACGCGCCCUACUUCACCCCGGAGCAAGACCCCGUCUCCGGCACGGCCCUCGGCACGACGACCGGCGCCCCGACCCCGAAGCUCUUCACCCCGCUCACCGUCCGUGGCCUCACCUUCCAGAACCGCCUCUUCCUCGCGCCCCUGUGCCAGUACUCGGCCGCGGCGGACGGCCGCGCCACGGACUGGCACCUAACCCACCUCGGCGGCAUCCUCCAGCGCGGGCCAGGGCUGUCCAUCAUGGAGUCCACGGCCGUGCAGCGCGAGGGCCGCAUCACGCCCCAGGACCUCGGCCUGUGGGACGACGCCCAGGUCGGGCCGCUGCGGCGCAUCGUCGACUUCGCCCACACCCAGGGCCAGAAGAUCGGCAUCCAGCUCAGCCACGCCGGCCGCAAGGCCAGCACCGUCGCCCCCUUCCUGCACAUGAACGCCACCUCGAACGCCGCGGUCGGCGGCUGGCCCGAUGAGGUCUACGCCCCGUCGGCACUGCGCUUCAACGACGCCUAUCCACAGCCCAGGGCUAUGACGCUGGAGCAGAUCGGGGUCUUCAAGACGGCCUUCGUCGACGCGGCUAGCAGGGCCGUGGGCGCCGGCUUCGACGUCGUCGAGAUCCACGCCGCCCACGGGUACCUCCUCCACCAGUUCCUCAGCCCCAUCAGCAACCAGCGUACGGAUCGGUACGGCGGUAGCUGGGAGAACCGCACGCGGCUGGUGCUCGAGGUCGUCGACCUGGUGCGCGCCACGAUCCCGGAGGACAUGCCCCUGUUCGUGCGCAUCAGCGCGACGGACUGGUUCGACGACAUGAAGGAGGAGUUCCCUGAGAGCUGGACCGUCGCGGACUCGUGCAGACUGGCGCCCAUCCUCGCCGACAGGGGCGUCGACUUCCUCGACGUCAGCUCGGGCGGCAUUCACCCCCUGCAGUCGACGAGCAUCAAGGGCGGCCCCGGCUACCAGGCAGGCUUCGCCAAGGAGAUCAAGAGGUCGGUUGGAGAUAAGAUGAUUGUGUCGGCUGUCGGUGGCAUCAGCACCGGUACAAUGGCGGAAGGCUUCCUCCAGGCGGGCUUGGACGUCAUCAUGUGCGGUCGGUGGUUCCAAAAGAACCCGGGUCUGGUUUACGCGUUUGCUGAUGAGCUCGGCACCAACGUCAAGAUGGCGAACCAGAUUGGAUGGGGCUUUGGCGGACGAAAGGGAAAGAAAUAG